GUGGUUACAGUCAACGUUUACCAAAUGCAAGUGCCCUGGGAAAGAUUUUCACAGCUUUGCCUUUUGGCAAUCCCGUUUACCAGAUGCUGGAACUGAAGCUCGCCAUGUACAUUGAUUUUCCUAGUCACAUGAAACCAGGAAUUCUCAUUACGUGUUCAGACGACAUCGAACUUUACAGCACUGGAGUUGCAGAAGCUGUCACGUUUGAUAAACCUGGGUUUACGGCGUUAGCUCACCCUUCAGAUUUGACAGUUGGGACCACUCAUGGAGUGUUUGUUUUAGAUCCGUCCAGUUUUUCAGGAAAAGGAGGACUUGAGUACGCGUCUUGCCAUCGUUUCCUGCACAAGCCUGAUAUUGAGACGAUGCGGCAGUGUGGCGCGGUGUGCGUUAGGGGGAAUUCUCAGCCGAGUUCCUCUGGAGGCCACAGUGACUCAGAGAUGGACUUGGAGUGUGUGUAUACAGACAGUAUAUUUUACAUGGAUCACAGCACUGCAAAACAGUUAUUGACAUUUUAUAAGCAGAUGGGCUCUCUUUGCUGUGAAAUAGACGUAUAUGGUGACUUCCUCCAGGCCCUGGGACCCAGAGCCACUCAGGAUUACAUAAAAAAUACAAGUAAUGUCACUGAAGAGGAAUCACAGUUGGUAGCAGUACGGGAGAAGCUGUACUCUCUUCUGAAGGGAACCGCGCUUAACGUUAUAGUCUUAAACAACUCUAAGUUCUACCACAUUGGAACUACCCAGGAGUACUUGUUUCACUUCACAUCUGAUAGCAACCUGAAAUUUGAGCUUGACUUACUGUCUGUGGCUUUUAGCAUCUUUUCUGACGACGCAGCUGAGACCCUGGGUCAGUCAGCAAGUAUCGUUCAAAGCAUACUUGAGCCCGGGUGUCUCAUAGGACCUGGGUCCGUUAUUGAGUACUCUCGGAUUGGCCCUGAAGUCUCAGUAGGGAAGAAAAGCAUCAUUAGUGGAGUGUGCGUAAAUUUUAAAGUAGACAUACCUGCGAACUGCUUUCUGAGUUCAUUAAGUAUAAAAAUUAACAAUCAAGUAAAGUAUGUAAGUAUGGUGUUUGGUGUAGAAGAUGACUUGAAAAAAAGUGUGAAGUUGUUGUCAGAUACGCAUUCCCUCCAGUUUUUUGGAGUCAGCUUGCUAGAAUGCUUGGACCUCUGGGGUGUCACGGUUUCAGACCAGCUCUUCUCCGGUGAGCACGCACAUUUGGGGCUGUGGACUGCUAGGAUUUUUCCUGUUUGUUCUACUUUAAAUGAAUCGGUUAGAAUGUCGUUAAAAAUGUUAGAUUCUGUGCAGCACAUGUCAGCCCUUAAACUGGAUGGCUUCAAGCUCGUGUCUGUUGAAGAAAUGCUCACCUACAAAGAUGUAGAAGACAUGUUGAAGUUUAGGAAGCAAAUUUAUGAUGAAAUCUGUCUGCAAGAACCAAAAGAGAAGUCUGGUUUGUAG